ACAGUAAGUCAGUAACAAAAAAAAUCCUAAUUAUCCAUUUUUAUUUUGCUCCACUUUUAUUCAUCUGUUGAACAAAACGCAGAACGUGAAGAUCAAUUAUAGAAAAGAAGCGGGAUGAAGAGUGCGAUUUGUAGGAGCAUGGGCCUCUCUCCCAACCACCUUUUCAUAUCAGGGGACAGAUAUUCUUUUUGUAAGGGUCCGUGCUCCAAUCUUUGUGUUCAGGUGGCGGUAUUAACUAAAGGAUCUGGUAAAGGGGGAGGAGUCCUAGAAAAGCCGGUUAUUGAGAAAGCCACCCCAGGCCGGGAAUCUGAGUUUGAUUUAAAGAAGUCACGGAAAACAGCACCGCCGUAUCGGGUAAUAUUGCACAAUGACAACUACAAUAAAAGAGAGUAUGUUGUCCAAGUGCUUAUGAAGGUGAUCCCUGGAAUGACCCUUGAUAUUGCAGUUAACAUCAUGCAAGAAGCUCACCACAAUGGAAUGGCAGUGGUGAUUAUCUGUGCCCAAGCUGAUGCUGAAGAUCAUUGCAUGCAACUUAGAGGCAACGGGUUACUCAGUUCAAUUGAACCUGCGGGUGGUGGUUGCUGAUCACAUCUUUCGGUUUAAACCUUCUCCUGGCCUUAAUGUUAUUAAAGGGUGAGAUAGGAAAUAUCGGGUGUACAUAAUUUCCCCUUAGAGAAAACUAAAAUAAUAUGCAUAACUUUUGAAAAACUUGAUUAUCUUAUGAAGACAACGACCUAUGAUUAUGAAUAACAUGUAAAACUUAUGUAGCUUGUUAAAUGUUCCGUAUAUAUCAACACCUUUCGUGUCAA